AUGGGGGCACGGCUGGAUCCCCCCCCCCACCACUGUGCCCAUCCCACAGGUCCCCUGACCCGGGCGGCCGUCCCCCCCGCGCACCGCGUGCCGGAGCUCCAUGCGAUCCCGAUGGAUGCGAUCGCGAGCGGCCGCCUCAAGAGGAAGUUCGAGGAUGCGGACGUGGGCUCCCCGGCGUCCAACUCGGACGACGAAAUCUCCAACAGCGACAGCGCCGACAGCUGCGACAGCGUCAACCCCUCCAGCUCCAGCGGCUUCAUCCCCACCUCCAUCCUGAAGCGGCAGAAGCAGCUGCGCAGGAAGAAUGUGCGCUUCGACCAGGUGACCGUGUACUACUUCGCCCGGCGCCAGGGCUUCACCAGCGUGCCCAGCCAGGGCGGCAGCUCGCUCGGCAUGGCCCCGCGGCACAACUCGGUGCGCAGCUACACGCUGUGCGAGUUCGCGCAGGAGCAGGAGGUGAACCACCGCGAGAUCUUGCGCGAGCACCUCAAGGAAGAGAAGCUGCACGCCAAGAAGAUGAAGCUCACCAAGAACGGCACGGUGGAGUCGGAGGAGGCGGAGGGGCUGACGCUGGAGGACAUCUCGGACGACGACAUCGACGUGGAGAACGUGGAGGUGGACGACUACUUCUUCCUGCAACCUCUGCCCACCAAGCAGCGGCGGGCGCUGCUCCGUGCCUCUGGCGUGCACCGCAUCGACGCAGAGGAGAAGCAGGAGCUGCGUGCCAUCCGCCUGUCACGGGAGGAGUGCGGCUGUGACUGCCGCCUGUACUGCGACCCCGAGGCCUGCGCCUGCAGCCAGGCGGGCAUCAAGUGCCAGGUGGACCGCAUGUCCUUCCCCUGCGGCUGCUCGAGGGACGGCUGCGGGAACAUGGCCGGCCGCAUCGAGUUCAACCCCAUCCGCGUGCGGACUCACUACCUCCACACCAUCAUGAAGCUGGAGCUGGAGAACAAGCGGCAAGGCGCGCGGCCCGGCGACGAGGAGCUGCAGGGCUCGGGCAGCGCCUGGCCCCCCGGCGCGCAGCCCCCGGAGACGCAGGACUUCCAGGAGUUCAUGGCCGAGAACGAGACAGCCGUCAUGCACCUGCAGACCGCCGAGGAGCUGGAGAGGCUGAAGGCCGAGGAAGACUCGAGCGGCGGCUCCGGCGUGGAGAGCGUCGGCGUCUGCAUCCUGGAGGAGCCGCUGGCCGUGCCCGAGGCGCUGUGCCCGGGGCUGGCGGCUCCCAUCCUCAUCCAAGCGCAGCUGCCUCCGGGAUCCUCCGUGCUGUGCUUCGCCGACGGCGCCGAGCAGCCCGCGGCCGCGCAGCCCUACUUGAACGCUGCUCCGCUGCUGUACUACCAGGUGGAGCCGCGCUCCGUGCUGGGCCCCAAGGGCGAGAGCGGCGCCGAGGAGUGCCCCAAGGACAGCGGGAGCGGCCCCGCUGCGCCGUGCGGCCGAGCUGACCCUGCCCCGAGCAAAGGGGAUGGGGUGAAAGGUGUGGGGCUGGAGGCUGCACAGAGCUGCGCUGCAUCGCUCGGCCCCGCGGCCCCCCACGAGGCGCCCAGCCCUGAGGACCCCCCGCAGGGGGUGUGAGCCCCCCAACCCCCAUUAUUUAUUGAGGAUGUUCCGUGGCGCAGCGCUGCCCCGACGCUAUUGAAUGGGGGAGUGGGAAGGAGGAGCGGGGGCCGCUUGUACAGACAAUGGCACAUGGAGCGCCGAGGGGACAGACAGACCGACAGACACACGGACACGGAGCCCGUGGGCAACGUCCCCACAAAGCUGCUUGGGGCACCGAGGGGACAGACGGACGGACAGACACGGGGACACGGAGCCUGGGGGCCAGGUCCCUGCAGAGCUGCUUGGGGUGCCCCGCUGCCCCCGCAGGGACCCUCGUCCCCUUCAUCUCGGACACAGAGGAAGACUUGGGGUUUUGUUUUGUUUUGUUUUUAGUUUUUGUUUUUUAAUUAUUAUUUUUUAACGCGGCGAAUGUUUACGGGGCCGCGCCGCAGCCCAGCUCCUCUCCCCACGGGGAUCGCCGCAGCCCCGCAGCCGCUCCAGUUGCACAAAGAGGGGUGAGGAAGCGGACGCGGAUGCUCCUGGCCCCACUUCGGUCACCGCUUUCGCCCCCGGGACGCGCGUCCGUGUGUCCGUCCAUCCCCACGACUGCUGCCCUGCGCUGCGGUCCCGGUGCCGGUGCUUUGGGCUCCGCUGUUCCCCCCCCCGAGCCGAGACCCCCAGAGAUGGGACUGGGACGCACCGCGCCCAGCACAGCAGCGCUUCCAUCCUUGGGUUGGUUUCGCUUCCGUGCUCGCGGUGCCCCACGGAAGGGCCGUGCCCACCAAGGGGCUGCGCUGGGGCAGGGGCCGCCCGGUGCCACCCAGCACCGCUCUCCGUCCCCAGCCCCACAGGACACGACGGCCGCGGUUGUGACCCCGGGGGCUCCGAGCGCUCCCCCCUUCCCUCCCCGUGCUCUGUGCCCCCUCCUCGGGCGCAGUGGGUGCUUUCUGCCCGCCCCGUCCCGCGCACGCCGCCGGCGGUUUUCGUUUCUAUUCCACUGUGAAUCCAAAGCUGUCUCGGGGUCCUCCA